UGGGGACUCCCUUCGUCCGGACCGCUUGGUGCCUGGAGCUGGAAGUGUGUCACCAGCACAGAUGAAGCCCUCUUUGCUGCUUCUGUGUCACCUGUGGCUGUCGAGCCUUGCGCCGUGCUCACAGGCAUCAGACUCAGCACAAGGUGCCUCCAGCCUAACUUGUUGGUACGACUCGCGGGCAGCUCUCUUCUGCGACUGGAACCCAGGCAGGGACCUGGUUGAUGCACAGUGCCAGCUAGAGAUUUUAUCGAAGCUAGGUUUUUGUGACAGGCUAUCUCCCUUACUUGAAGAGGCCAAGGAGCACUGUGAGCUGCUCAAGGCAGAACACAUGACAGGACUGAGGAGAUGCAUCAAGACCUUCAGCAAAAACAGCAAUACUCAAUGCUUCACCUCUGCAGACCGUCUUACCAUGUCUGUCCAUUGCCAGACUGGAGAGAACCGGUCUACACCUGUGCAGAUAGAAGAUUUCAGUCCACUUGCAAACAUAAAGCUAAGGCCUCCAGGAAAUCUUCAGCUGAUUAGCAAAACUGAAAACACCUACAACUUAACGUGGAGCCUGAAUAUUUCCUCUCACUACUUGGAUGGGGAGCGGGAAUACCAAGUGCGGUACCGGAACACGAGUCAGUCCUGGGAGGAGGCCAGGAUCUUCACCAUUUUGCAGGACCAGAUGUGGCUGGUGUUUGAGCGCCUCUCACCCAACUUGAAAUAUGAGGCAGCUGUCCGUGCAAGGCCAAGUGCCUCAAGUACCUACAAAGGCGUGUGGAGCGACUGGAGCGAGGUGAUACUGUGGAGGACACACGCUGACCAAACAUCCCGGUUGAUCGUGCCAGCUCUUAUAGCGAGUACCUGCAUCUUCGUGGUCAUUGGGACUGCCUUCCUUAUUAACUUACGGACCCUUAAAUGGUUUAAGAAGAUCCUGAAGAUUCACAUCCCAGACCCUGAGAAGUUCUUUCCCCCACUCGUUUCAAUUCAUGGAGGUGACAUUCAGAAAUGGCUCUCCUCCCCAUUCUCCACAUCUUCUGACUGUGUGAACAGCACAAUGCCUGAGAUCUCUGUGCUAGAGGUGAUGCAGAAGAAUGACCAGGAAUCACAGUUUCUACUUUCAAAGGGAACCUUGACUCCUCCCUCAGAAACCAGUGGGCACUCUGUAUCCAGCUGCUUCACCAACCAAGGCUACUUCUUCUUCCACCUUCACAACUCCUAUGAGAUUGAGCCCUGUCAGGUCUACUUCACCUAUGAGCCUUUCACCCAGGAGUGCAGUGGCAGUGAGGAUGGCGAGUCUUACCAUGCUCUCCCCUCCCCAGAUCUCUGCACACUGACAGAAGAAAGGCCUGUGUUGUCCCACAACUUCCUUCAACGUAUCAAAGUGUCCCAGGGCUUCCAAAACAGCUCCUUUGUGGAAGAGACAAAAAGUGAAACCCAAUGGGCCACGGCUAUUUCUGGGCCUCUCCAGUCAAGUGAAGACACCUCACCAACACCAGUUUUGAAACAGGAUGAGAAGGUGACAGACAAAGCAGCAUUACAACCUGUUGAGACCCUGUGCCAGCUGGACACUGACUUUCCUGACCCACCAGACCUGCAUGACAGCAAUACUACUGACGUAACGGUGGGGAGCAGGGAAGCAGGGCCUCCUAUUGACCCCUGUACACCAGCAGCACAUGCUCCCUCUUCUUUAUCUCAGCCUCCACCUCUAUGGAACAGCCAGGAUGAGGAUUCAUGCAGAACAGCCUUUUCCAGCCAGGUCCCAAACACUGGUGCCUACCUUUCUCUGAGGGACCUCCAAAGCCAGUACAGCCAUCGCUCUGUAUAGAAUCUGCCUGGAGGAAGGCCAUGGGUAGGAAAGGCCUUCUCUGCAGGGAAGGCUAGAGGGAUAGUUUCUCUAUUCAGCACAUGAAUGUGACUUCAGCACCAAACCCGCUGGGACUGUUCUUUAGUGAUGCUGGAGAACACAGUUACUUCAGAGGGCCACAAAAUCAGAAAAGGGGUAAGAUGAACAAGGUGUAAAUUCAUGGCUGGUUACACGGGUAGUAAUAAUCACCAGGGUAAGGUGUAGUGAAACAGACUGCUGGAAAUGAGAGGGCAUUUUGUGUGGAUAGCUGGACUAAUGGACAGUAAAGCAACACACGGAGUAUGACAAAGGCAUGUUAAAGCUGCUCGGUAGCUACACAGCUGAUGGAGACAUAGAAUCUUGGUUCUAGGUAUGAAGGCCAACAAGGACUCACCUUCAUAACUGAAUCUAUUUCUCUGCUAUUACUGGGACCAACAGCAUAGAAAACCUUUCCCACGCUGCUCAAGUGACAUCCUGAACCUCAACAGCUUGGCUUUUCCUUUCCCACCUCCCAGUAGGAGGCCAGCACUUCCAUGGCCUUUAUCUUGGUUGUAAAACAGCACUCAGCUUUGAGGCUGACAUAGUCCGUUUGCCUCAUCCCAGCAUCAAAAGCUCCAAUGGGAGGGAGAAAUGCCUGAAGAGGUCAAUAGGAGAUUUUGUGCAGUAGCACUGCCAGUUGGUGCUGGAGCCAAUGAUGAAAGGGAGGACGACAUCACCUCCUGAUUGACCAAGGGUGUAAUUUUUUCUCUAAUGUCCUCACUUCAGCUUUUAACCGGAGAUUACUGAGCUACUCAGUCCAGCUUUAGACACAAAUCUCUAAAGUCAGCUCAGAGUCACAACCCACUCAGCUGCGUAAGCAGUGCAGUGUAAAAAAGAAAACCCCACUAUUUGGUUAAAAAUACUGGGGAAAUCCUGUCCCCCUCCCCCCUGU